AUGGCGAAAGUCCCUCCUAAUAGACCUGUUAUAUAUGAUGGGAAAAGAAGAGAUAGAACCACCUUAUUAGAAGCUUACAACGAAGGUUCGGACGUUAAUCUUAUCUGUGAAGCCAAUGGAGGGCGCCCCAGGCCGAACGUGACGUGGUAUUCCGAAAAUACUUUAAUAGAUGAUUCUUUCGAAUUUAGGCCCGAUGGGGUAGUAGUCAAUCAUUUAAAUUUUCCCAAUGUUGGCCGCCAACACUUGAACACAAGACUGAUUUGCCAGGCGUCCAACACCAUUCUCACGUCUCCCACAACAAACGUAGUUAUAUUAAAUAUUAAUCUUAAGCCACAGACUGUUCAUAUUUUAACCAAAGAAAAACAAGUUUCGGCGGAUAAAAGAUACGAAAUUGAAUGUAGAACAUCGGGAUCACGCCCGGAAGCUGUGAUUACGUGGUGGAAAGGCAGUAGGCCUAUCAAACGGUUAGCUAAAAAUUUUUCAGAAAUGAACAAUCAGAGUUUAAGUAUUUUGACUUUUGUACCUGUGAUCGAUGACGACGGCAAAUACUUGACCUGUCGUGCAGAAAACCCGUCCAUCUCUGACAGUGCCCUCGAGGACAAGUGGAGACUUAACGUCCACUAUAUGCCUGUCGUAAUGCUCAAAAUGGGAUCAAGUCUGAAUCCAGAAGAUAUUAAAGAAGGCGACGAUGUUUACUUUGAAUGUAACAUUCGCUCGAAUCCUAAAGCCUACAAACUUUCCUGGUUUCACAACGGCGCGGAGAUUCAUCACAACGUUUCGGCGGGGGUGAUAUUAAGCGAUCAAAGUUUGGUUCUUCAAAGUGUAACUCGAGCGACGGCGGGGGAGUUCACGUGUAUGGCUGCAAAUGCGGAAGGAAGAGGAACAAGUAAUCCCGUAACUCUUAUUGUAAGAUGUUCUCGCGCGUAG